ACAACCACAUACGAAUAGUAUUGAACUGCUUUUGACCAAGAAAGAUGGGGACGUGGAUAUACCCUAUAAACCCUUAAACCAAGACAAAAAAUGCACGAGAAAGUCAAGUUCUUCCUCUCUAAACAAUUCAAAUCCACCCAAUUUGGCGAGACUUCAGGUACCUGGGCAAUCAAGCACAGCAGGUGGAAAUGUCGGACGUAGAUGGCGCAGUAUUCGGCAUGCUGUACGUGUUACAAACGCUGCAGUUUCGAUGAAGAAAGGGUUGAAUAGGGAUGAUUCUUUCUUGAAGAAAUUUUCGACGAGGCAACCUUACCGAGCCGAUUCCGUAGGAACCAUUGACGAACAUUUAGAAAACAACCAAUCUGAAGUCGAAAGCCGUUCUAAACACCUGACCGUGCUCCAACCAGACGGAAACAUUAUGUUUUACUGGUUGUGCAUUUUAACUCUUUCUAUACUUUACAAUCUCUGGACAUGCAUUGCUCGGGAAGCUUUUCGAGAAAUUCAAGAGAGAAACAUGAUGGUAUGGAUAGGAUGUGAUAUUUUUUGUGAUAGUAUCUAUGUAUUCGAUAUUUUUGUGCAAAUUCGAACUGGAUAUUUAGACAAGGGCAUUAUGGUCUACAACUCAAAAAAACUUCUAAUGAGAUAUGUACGGACAAAAGACUUAGUUCUUGAUCUUGCGUCUUUAAUCCCUUUAGAUUUUCUCCAAUUCAGCAUUGGUGUUCAUCCUAUGUUACGUUUUCCAAGAUUCUUAAAAGUCUAUCGUAGUUUUCGUUUUCUGCACUUGCUUGAAACACGGACUCACUUUCCAAACUUUUUCCGAGUGGCAAACUUGACACACAUACUGUUUUUGGGAUCGCAUUGGUUUGCGUCUUUUUACUAUAUGAUAUCUGAAGCAGAAGAUUUCGAAGGCGAUUGGUCCUAUCCCAAACCAGUGGGACAGUUUGCAACAGUGACCCGGAAGUAUUUAACCUCUCUAUUCUGGUCUACACUAACUCUGACAACCAUUGGAGAUCUCCCUCCUCCAGAAUCUAACUGGGAGUACGUGUUCGUCAUCGUCAGCUAUUUGAUUGGGGUCUUCAUCUUUGCCACGAUCGUCGGACAGGUGGGAAACGUGAUAACGAACAGAAAUGCGAGUAGACAGGAGUUUGAGAGAUUGUUGGAUGGGGCAAAGUUAUAUAUGCGGAUGCAUAAUGUACCACAAGAUGUCCAGAAACGGGUUCAGAGGUGGUACGAUUACGUGUGGACUCGAGGCAGAAUGAAAGGUUCGGAUAUCAACUCUCUAGGUUUACUUCCGGACAAGCUGAAAACAGAACUAGCAAUACACGUCAACUUGGAAACCCUCAAAAGGGUAACUAUCUUCCAAGAAUGUCAGCCUGAAUUUUUGCAUGAUUUGGUGUUGAAGAUGAAGGCAUAUAUCUUCACUCCCGGGGACCUGAUCUGUCGUCAAGGUGAGGUAGCCCGGGAGAUGUUUAUCAUAGCAGACGGCUUGGUGGAAAUCAUAAGUGAAAGUGGAACCGUUCUGACAAAAAUGGAAACUGGAGAUUUUUUUGGAGAAAUUGGAAUAUUAAAUUUAGAUGGGGGAAUCAACAGGAGAACUGCCGAUGUUAAAUCGGUGGGUUAUUCUGAACUCUUUGUUCUAUCUCGUGAAGACGUGUUAGAGGCACUAAAAGACCACCCAGAAGCAGAGCGAGUUAUUCGAGAAUAUGGACAACAAAGACUAAAGGAAAUAGAAGUGCAUAGACAAAAAAUGAAAUUUUCUGUUUCCGAUUUUCAAACAAAAUGGUCACCAAACUCUCCUGCUCGAUACCUCCGCGGAAGCCCGAGUAAGCAGAUACGAGUGGUUAAAAGCAAAAAAGCUCCAGGGGUUUUAAUAAAUAAUGUAAGUAAACGGAAGAGUAGAAAAAAGAAAUUUCUUGGUGCCAUGAAAGAUCUAGCCAUGAAGACAGGAUACAAAGGAGGUUCUACACAUAGUCAAGACAGGACUGAAAUGGGACAAACUGAGCAACAGGACUGCUGGCCAGUCAUUGCUAAGCUUCCUCAGGGGGAUGUUAUAGCUAUUAAAGAAAAUCAUAAGCCAAGAAAAUUCAGUUUUCCAACCAUUGUUGAAAAAGCCAUGGAGGCAAAUAAGAGGGGAUUGCUAAUUUGUGAGAAGAACAAAGUGUCUGAUGACUUAGCAGGUGUUACAAAGAGUGUAGAUUCUAGCUCAAAACAAUGUGACUUGACAAUUAAAAGAAAUGCUCAAGAAGGUAAUGUAGGAUACACAAAUCAACACCCUGAAAACUCCGUCGCAAAGGAUGGUCCAAAUUACCUGCUGUCAAAAAGAUUGAAUCAAAGUCCUACAACGUUAAAUAAACAAAGUGCAAACAAUUCCACAAUAAGGUAA